AUGCCUCGACAUAGACCUCCUACCUCCGGAUACGCCCGCUUGAGUCAAGCAGACGAAGAGUCAGCUUUUCUCGAUGAAUCUGACGAAGAUGGAAACCCUCACCGUCCCCCGCGUACCAUCUCCACCGUUUCCGCUCCACAGUACGCUCCUAUACUACCACCGGCCCCUAGAUCUAUGCAAGCCGACCUGGUAGAGCCCUUUCCUAGUCAUCAGAGAAGACCCAGUGGUGGGAAAAGGCGGCCUCGAAGAAGACGGAGCUCAUCCGGAGUUGACAUAAAGGCCAUUAAUGCACGGUUUGAGCGAUGGGCAGAAGAAAUAGCAUCAAAAUUCAAAAUCAACAGAGUGAAGGGCAAGACCCAAGAGGAGGAGCAGCUCGAGAUUAAGCAUUCAGUCUUUCAGGCCCCAGAGGGUCUACGACCAGCCAGCGCAGAAACUCUGGUGUCGGAGCAUACAGACAACCAAGGAGAUCGGAUGACAAAGUUGGAAUUCGAUGACAUCGUGGAAAGCGUCAAAGUUGCAAUUGAACUCGGCGUCCACCCAAAAAGAAUAUCACAGGGGAGCUCAGGCAGUUACUUCGCGCGCAACAGCUCCAACAAAGUCGUAGGUGUUUUCAAGCCCAAGGAUGAGGAACCCUACGCAUCCCGUAACCCUAAGUGGACGAAGUGGAUCCACCGAAAUCUUUUUCCUUGUUUCUUCGGACGAGCGUGUUUGAUACCCAAUCUUUCUUACGUUUCGGAAGCGGCGGCGUAUGUAUUGGACAGCAGACUGCGGACAAAUUUAGUACCGUACACGGACAUUGUAUAUCUUUCAUCUAAAAGUUUUCAUCAUGACUUCUGGGAAAAGUCGGCAUACUAUAGAGGGAGUAAGCCCUUGCCAUCAAAAGUCGGGAGUUUCCAGGUUUUUCUUAAGGGUUACAAAGACGCGAACUUGUUCCUUCGAGAUCAUCCGUGGCCAGACCAGACGAACGCAGGGUUCUCACCUGAAGACGCACCGCGAUGGAGGAAAAGACCAUGGACAGAGACCUGUCGUCCAAGCAGUGCCAAUUCAGAACGGGAGCAGACACUCCGGAGUGAAGCGCGACCUCCAAGUCGAGGUGGAUCUGACGCAGGUGGAGGAUUUGGGUGGACGAGUAGUGCUAUGCAGUCUUUCCGAGAAGAGUUGGAGAAGCUUGUCAUUCUUGAUUACAUAAUGAGGAAUACUGACCGUGGACUCGACAAUUGGAUGAUACAUGUAGAUGAUGACUCUCAGAAAGUCUCCAUUCUCUCUCAGCCACCCAAGAUGAACGGCAAUAUUGAUGACCCCCCCACACCUACGCUUGUCAUGGAUCAAGGGCGUCUUAGACAGCCGAGCACUUCGCCGUAUAGGCGUCCGGAAACCAUGACCGCUGAUGGCAGAUCAAGGAGCGGAUCCAAUUCGGGCCAUGUCUCUGUAAAGCUGGGAGCUAUCGACAAUAGUCUGUCGUGGCCGUGGAAACAUCCUGAUGCCUGGCGGAGCUUUCCUUUCGGCUGGCUGUUCUUGCCGGUUUCACUAAUCGGCCAGCCGUUUUCGCAGAAGACACGAGAUCAUUUUCUGCCUUUGCUGACUUCGACGCACUGGUGGAGCGAAACGCAAUUGGCCUUGCGACGGAUCUUCAGCCAAGAUGCAGACUUCAAAGAGAGGAUGUUUGCUCGACAAAUUGCCGUCAUGAAGGGUCAAGCUUGGAAUGUUGUUGAAACGCUGAAAACCAUAGAUCAUGGCCCUCUCGAACUUACUCGCCGAACACGGGUCUGCGUCUGGGAUGAUUUGGUUGACAUCCCUGUUGCGAUUCCAAUGAGAGGCCCAUCUGAAGAGUUGCGGCAACGGCGAGAGAAGGAUAUGGCAUGGGGCAUUGAGCAUGAGGAGAUGGAUAUCAGUGCUGUCAAUGCUUCAUCAUCGCAAUUGCAGCAGCAAGAUCUCCUCGUAUCAACCAGUCCGGACCUGCCGAACCCCAAUCGCUUUGAUCUAUCGCGAAACAACAGCACUACGGACCUAGGUCAGCUCAAUGGAUCGACAUCUCCCGUGACCAUAGACGGCUCUACAAUAGAACGUCGCAUUGAUGCCGAGGAACAAAAGCUUUUGAACAGCAAUCAAUCGAGACCCAAGACGCUACGAUCGAAAACGCGGCCCAGCUACGAACAGAGAGCCGACUAUCGGAGGCGCCGGUUUUCUUCGUCUAACCGGCAAGGCCACAUCUUUCUGAGCGACGUGGAUGAUCUUGAGGGUGAUUUAGGUUAUGCAGCAGCAGAGGGUAUGGAAGGGAGUCAGCGGAAGGUGAUUGUAGAAAGGCUCGAGACGGUAAAGAGCAAAAAUCCUGUCUUCACAUGGUGUUAG